AUGGACCGUCACCAGCGCGUUGUCGCGCAAGUCGCGUCCAAAGUCAAGGAUUAUUUCACACGAAAAGAGCCAUUUCGCAUAUCACAUGGCUCCACGAACAGCACACGCCCGAACCUAAAAAAGCAUGUCGUUGACAUAAGCGCUCUACGAAAUGUCAUCCAAGUCGACACUCAGAACAAGAAGGCGCUUGUGGAGCCCAAUGUGCCCAUGGAUCGGUUGGUGGAGGCGACUUUGCCACAUGGUCUCGUGCCGCCUGUUGUCAUGGAAUUCCCUGGCAUCACUGUAGGAGGUGGGUACGCAGGAACAGCAGGCGAGAGCAGCAGCUUCAAGUUCGGCUUCUUUGACCGCACCAUCAACGAGGUGGAAAUGGUCAUGGCCGACGGCAAGAUCAUCAAGGCAAGCGAAAAAGAGAAAGAAGAUUUGUUCCGGGGCGCUGCUGGCGCAGUCGGUACUCUUGGUGUCACUACUCUUGUAGACCUGAAUCUUAUCGAGGCCAAGAAGUAUGUCAAGACCACAUACUAUCCGACCCGCAGUGUUGCUCAAGCUGUCAAAGAGGUCAAAGAGCAUACCGAGGGCGAAGAUGGUUCGCGAAAUGAUUACGUGGAUGGCGUGCUGUUCAGUAAAGAUCACGGUGCUAUCGUCACGGGCGAAAUGACAGACCAACUCCCUGCGGGUACCAAACCGCAGACUUUCAGCAAUCCCUGGGACCCAUGGUUCUAUCUCCACGUGGAGGCAGCAACACGAAACUCUAACGAGCCAGUCGUGGAAUACAUCCCGUUGGCAGAGUACAUGUUCCGCUACGACCGUGGUGGCUUUUGGGUUGGUCGGUCAGCCUUCAGCUACAUGCGCUUUCCCUUCAACAAGUACACACGAUGGUUCCUCGAUGACUUCCUGCAUACGCGCAUGCUUUACCGCGCUCUACACGCAUCUGGAAUUGCGACACGCUAUAUUGUGCAGGACAUGGCGUUGCCCUACCCAAAUGCUGAGAAGUUCAUCGACUACACAGACAAAACGUUCAACAUCUGGCCGCUGUGGCUCUGUCCGCUCAAGCAAAGCCCGCAACCGACCAUGCACCCACAUACCAAAGGCGCUCUCAAAUCAGACCAAAUGCUGAACAUUGGUCUCUGGGGCUUUGGACCCAGCGAUCCCGCUACCUAUCUCCAGAAGAACCGCGCGCUCGAGAAGACGCUUGGGGAGAUGGGCGGCAUGAAGUGGCUGUAUGCACAAACAUACUAUAGCAAAGACGAGUUCUGGGCGCAGUUUGAUCGCAAAUGGCAUCAAGGGCUAAGAAAGAAGUACAACGCCGAGAUGCUUCCAGAAGUGUAUGAUAAAGUACAUGUUGAUGUUGGAAAGUACACGGAGAUGGCAAACAAGGACUGGGGACUCCGACUGAGGAACAUCUGGCCAUUGGGCGGGUUCUGGGGUAUCUGGAAGUCAAUACAAAGCAAAGACUAUAUGAUCGCGAGAAAUUCGACAUGGAGGUGGAGAAGCUGA